CGCCUCUCCUUUUGUGCGCAUGUAAGCUCCUUCUGCGAGUGUAAUUUAAAUUUCGUUAUGACACGGCAGGUGGCACAAGCCAUUGCCUAAUUCAGAGUUUUUGUGGUUUUUCGUCGUAUUUAGCUAUCUACCUAGAAAAGAAAGGUGCAUAGUCCUGUCGUCCAUCCAUCCACUCGUCUAAUUUAAACAUGGCGCCGACCAUGUGUUACUGAACGAGACAACCCAGAAAGGUUCCUAAUUUUCAAGCAACGAAACUCGGGAUGGCUCACAAGGCGAGCGGUUACAUCAAGACCACGCUGAACAACGGAGUGGGCCGCUAUGUCUGCCAGUUGCAGCGGUUGACGUUCAAAUUCUGCAAGACCCACGGUUCGAGUCGGGGCCUUCGCGAGUACAUCGAGAAGGAGCUCGUCGACUUCGCUCGCCAGAACCCGGGCAUCGUGGUAUACCUGAAACCCAGGAGACACCGCGACCCGGUCGUGGUCGCCGAGUACCUCAACGGGGAGCGAGACACCAUGCGAGUCGCCGACCAGAGCUCCGCGGAGCUGGUCAAGUGGAUCGAGUACCUGCGGACGCGGUCCGGCAUGCCGAUCGUGCGGCUUCGCAAAUUCGCCCACACCGACCAUCCCAGCAUCCAGGGGUUCUGGACGCCCUUUACAAACCGACCCACGGAGCUGAACCUCGAAGAGUUCCCCAGCGAAAGGCUCAGCAAGUUUGUCUCCGUUUUUCCCACGGCCACUGAACAGCUCCAGCAGCUUGCGCGGGACAGCGGUCUUACGCCGGAAGACAGCCCCGCUCAAAAAGACCCGAAGUGAACGUCCCUACGAGAGUCGAAGCUUACACGGCGACAUUUGUAAUGUGUAGAUAAUAAACUAGACUGAAAUCA